AUGCGGAGGAUAGAGAGAAGAGAGGUGGCAGUCUCCCGUCUGGGUGGGCUCGCUCCAGAUCCAACGGCUGUCCUCGCGUCAAGGUUCGUGCGCUCCACUGAUCAAAAUGAAACACUGAGCCCCCAACUCCUCCGCGGCCGCCGCCGCCGCCCGAACCUAUCGAUGGCGCGCCGCCUCUUCUCCGCCGCGAGAGCCCUCGUCCCGCCCGUCCCUGCCCCUGCGCCGGCGCCCGUGCCCGCGUCCUCUUCCGCGGCCGCGGAAGCCGCGGCGUCGCUCCUGCCGCUGCUCCCGUGCAAGCGGCGCAAGAAGCUGCUGAAGAAGCUCAACAGCCCGCGCAUCGCGCCCAUCGAGCCCGAGGCCGACCGCCGUGUGCCGGCCCUCGACGCCGUCCUCGACCGCGACGCCGCCUUCCGCUUCCUCUCCCGCGCGCGGUCCUUCAUGGCCUCCCUCCCGCCCCCGCACCGCAUCCCCCUUGCCGAGGCCGGCAAGCUGUACCGCGAGCUCGGCUUCCCCCGCGGCCGCAGCGUCUCGCGCGCCGCCGCCCGGCACCCCUUGCUCUUCACCCGCACCACCGUGGGCUCCGUCCCGCACCUCGCGUUCACGCCGCUCAUGUGCUCGCUGCUCGAGGAGGAGCGCCGCGUCCACGAGGAGCUCCUCCCCGCGCGGGUGCUGGCCGUCCGCAAGCUCCUCAUGCUCACCGCCCACCGCCGCCUGCCCCUCGCGAAGCUCCACCACUGCCGCGCGGUGCUCGGCCUCCCCGACGACUUCCGGGACCGCGUCCGCGACUACCCCGACGACUUCCGCGUCGCCGUGGACCCCGACGGGCUCCACGUCCUCGAGCUGGCGCACUGGGACCCCGCGCUCGCCGUCAGCGCCCUGGAGCACGACUUCAUGGUGGACGAGCGCCGCGUCCGGCGCACGUUCCGCUUCUCAGUCCCGCACCGCCGGUCGAUGCCGCUGGACGGGGAGGAAGCCGAGCGCCUGGACGCGGCGACCACGUUCCCGCUGGUCUCGCCGUACACCAACGGCGCGCUGCUCCGGCCGUGGACGCCGGAGGCGGAGAAGUACCGCGUCGGGGUGGUGCACGAGUUCCUGAGCCUGACGCUGGAGAAGCGCGCGCUGAUACACCACGUGUUCGAGUUCAAGGAGGAGCUCGGGCUCACGCGGCACAUGUACCAGUCGCUGCGGAAGCAGACCCGCGCCUUCUACCUCGCCGGCACGGAGAUGAACUGGGCCGUGUUCCUCCGGGACGCGUACGACGACGACGGCGUGCUCAGGGACAAGGAUCCCCUCGUGCUCUUCAACGAGAAGCUGCAGGGCUACGCGUGCAUGACCGGGAUGGAUCCCCGGCGCAGCAUUGCCGAAUGCUGAUGGGUCAUAGCUCUGCGGCAGAGGCAGAGCUAGAUCGAUGCUGAAACUAAAUUUGCUUCAUUUGACCUUUGUCAUGUUAGUCUGUUCAUGUUCAGCUAGUUCAUACUUGUACUUGUAUUGGAUGUAAUUGGACGCCUUUUCUGUUGUACGAGUCAUCAUAUGCUAAAUCUUGAAAAUGCAAGUUUGAAUGGACGACGCUUAGCCGUCUGCCCGAUGUUA